AUGUUGAUUACAAACAUCGUUCUCUUUAUAUCCGCGGUAUGCUCCGCCACGAGCAUUGCUACCUCGACUGGCACUUCUGUCGCAACGUUCACCAGAUCGAGGCGCGGCAUCGUGUACUCCAACCCCGAAAUCCGCAACAACCACGACUCGAUCAUGGGAGUUCAAACUACGCCAAGAGUCGCCUCUCUUCAGGAUGUCAACUCGGAGUCGCCUCAUUACAGAGGCGUCAAGGCUUCAGACACUCAGAAGGUUCCCUACGCAAGCCCGAAUCACUCUGGAGUCGGUUCUGCUUCUCAUGCAUACGGCAGUGUACCGCCAAAACGGCCGCUUCCUUACGGUUCUUCUUCUGCCCAGCAGAUCGAGUCUCACCGGAAGAGUCCCCUCGCUUCCUACUUUGAUACCUCGAGCACUCCGAAUACGUACAGGGCGGCGACAAGCGCCGAGAAACCUCUGGACGCGUCCAAGCUGAUCGUCUCGCCGUCGCUGUCGAAUCUGCAAAGCGAGUCUUAUUCACCCAUCUACGAUUCAUUCCAUCAGGAUAAGUCGAUUGAGUUGGCCGGCUUCGCGGACUUUGAAUAUCCGUCGUACACCGGCAUCGGCAAGCUCAUCUCCCAGGACUUUCAGCAUCAGCCAGGCGCCACGUUAUCCGCCGUACAAGUGCCGGUGUACAAAACCAGUUAUCCUCUGUCAAAAGCUGGCGAUUACGCGCGCACGUACGCGCCGAGCUUCCCGUCGAGCGGCGCAGCAACGUUGCAUCAGUCAUCGGACAAAUCGACCCCGAGAACCAAGCAGAGAAACGAGGCCACCGUGAACGUGAAUGGCAAGAAGAUCACGGUACCAGUAAUUCGGAUACAAAGCAAUCCGGACUUCGACGAAAUUUUGCCCGCCUUCGAAAGCCAGCCGUUCCUCCUGCGCACGAGCUACCAGCCGGCCGAGUCCGAUGUGGACUUCACCUUUGGACCCGCGUCGAAAUUCAGUUUGACACCACAAUCGAGAAACGUUUCGCCGUUUUUGUCCCCGCUGUCGAGCUUCCAAGGUCAGGUGGUGCCGAUCCAAACGGCCGGCAAUAGCGCGCAAUUUCCGCGGUACAAAGGCGCCUCCAUCGAAGUUUACCCCGUUCCGAGCAGUCUUCCGAAAGCGCAGGGUAGUUACGAGUCUCUUUAUAGCCAGCCACAAUUGCACUUCAGCAAGGAACACGGUAGUCAGCCGGUUAACGUACAGCAAAAUACCGUGCAGUCGUCAAUCUCGACGGAGGACGUACUAGACGACGUGGAGAUCAUCAACAAGAAGAACCCGGAACCACAUACGCCUCAGCCUGACGAGGACGACGACGAAGAUGAAAGAUUCACAAAUCCGGAAAAGGAAUACGAACACAAUUCCGAGAAUGACAGUGCUGAGCAGUCGGGCAAACAUUUUAAGGAGCCACCCACGGAAAGCGACUUCAGACCUUCAACCUCUUUCCCCUUCAAAGAGUACGACGAGAAAUUUGGCAAGUACAGAGCGCAAAUUGAUGAUGAGGAUUCCGAGAAUAAACCACAUUCUCGUUACAAAAAUUAUUCAGCAAAUGAUGACGACGAGGAAGACGAAUCAUCAUCAGAGGAUCGUGCUGAAUAUGUUAAAUCCUCAAAACCAUCACGUGAUUCAUAUGAAGAAGAAGAUGAAGAAGACGAGGAAGAAAGUCGCAAGCACGAGAGACACGAGGGAUCCGAUAAUGACUCCCAUAAAGUGGAACCCAAGCAAUCCAAAUAUUACGGAAAAGACUUUGAGCAGGAAUUUGAAGAAUCUUACAGGAAAGAAUUGCCGAAACAUAAAUACGUUCACGUGAAAGAAGUGCCAGAGAUAGACAGUUACAACAAUCCGAAGCCUUCUAGACGGCAACAAAAGGACGACAAUCGAUCUCGCGUAAAUCACGAGCAUCGAGAAGAGUCAAAGAACUAUGGGUCGCGAGUUUCUCAUAGAAAUCGCAAAACGCCGAGGACAGGCUAUAGAGACAAUGCGGCUUACGGCACGGAUGUGUCAGCCAACAAGACGCCCAGAGUGAUCUAUGAAGAGUUCUUCGGAUACAAAGACCCCGAAACCGGAAGAUAUGUCAAGCACGCGAAGACUGAAGCUGUCGCGAUCGAGAAGUAUUUGCCCGCAAAACAAUCCCCCAAGGAGGACAAUUAUGUUCGCGCUACCAAGUAUUACAAAUUCAAGAAUCCCAAAAUCGCCGGCGGACUCGCUUACAAGAACAAUCCGAAUCUGUAUCUUUCCGCGAACGGUUGGAAAUCGGAUAAAACUUUGCCUGAGGAAACGCUGCCCGGAUCGAACGGCAUCAGGCAAUUGUCGGAUCCUAGCGACGGGGCUUCCUUUUAUGGGAUGAAUGUGGUGAACGGACAGACACGCUCUCUCACGAACGCGGAGAUCCUUCGUGACUUGAUGGGAAUCUAACAAGUGUAACGAAGUAACCAAAUAUUAAAUUAAUAUGUAAUGUAUCGAGUAAUGUGUAUUGUUUCGUUUAAAGUUCUCUCUUGGCGGAAUCUGGGCGAAUUUUCUAUGAAAAAUACCGUGUGAGGAAAUAUAAAUGUUUAUAUGUAAUGUAAAUUGAUAAAAGCGUGCGCGGAUCGUGCUCGGAUCGUGAAAUAAAAUGCAUAUUUUAUAUUCGUUAAUGUGUAUAAUUGCUGUUAUGCUCUUGGUUGUACACAUUGUAUAUUUAUGAUUUUAUAGGAUAAAAAUGUUUUCAUAUAUUGCUUUUAUCUUUUAUGCUGGUUAUUCAUUAAUUAAACUUUUGUUAUAUAUGUGCUGCUUAUUCAAGUUUAUACAAUGUUAACGAUAUAUAUAAAUAUAAAUGACUCGUUAUAAGUUAUAACAAAUGUCUCAUUGUCAGUGUUUCAACGAGUAUUAUUAAUUGAAUCUACAAAAAUAUGAAAAUUAAAAAAAAUUCAAAUUAAUUGAUAUGUUACAGAAAAUUUAGGA